AUGGAGUCACAAAACAAAAAACAGCGUGGGGGGAAGUGGACAGAAAAUCAACUAAAAGCGGCCCUUGAAGCGGUACAAAAAGGAAAGAUGUCACAACGAAAAGCAGCUGCAACGUUUAACGUACCAAGGCGUACAUUACGAAAUCAUAUUAAAUCUGGAUCUACAAAAAAGAUAAUUGGUCGCACUCCAGUUCUUAAUAAAACACAAGAAAAAGAUUUGUGUAAAAGGGUGAUUAGACUUGCUCAGGUCGGUCUACCUUUGACUUCCAAAAUAGUUCGUAAACAAGCUUAUGAAUUUUGUAAGGCAAAUAGUAUACCAAAUUCUUUUAAUGAUAAUAAAAAUAUAGCUGGAAAAAAAUGGCUGAAAAAUUUUGUCAAACGAAAUCCAGAAAUUUCGCUUCGCAGGGCUCAACUAAUGAAUCCGGCAAGAGCACAGAAACUUAAUAAGUAUAUUGUGCAACAACAUUUUAAUGCCAUUAAAACCAUUUAUGAAGAUCUGAAUAUUUGUAAUCAUCCGGAGCGUCUUUAUAAUAUGGACGAAAAGGGGUGCAGAUUAACAAUCCACCACCAACACAAAGUAUUUGCUGCCAAAGGGACCAAACGGGUACACUUCGUUGCCCAAGAACACGCAGAAAAUGUAACAAUUGCUAUGUGCGUGAAUGCAGCAGGAAAUAGUGUACCACCAAUGGUUAUUUUUAAAGGCAAAAGAUUGCGACCAGAGUUUUGCGAUAAUAUGCCUCCCGGAACUUUAGUAAAGAUGGGCACGAAGGGAAGCAUGACGACCGAACUAUUUGUUGAAUUUAUUAACCACCUGGGUCAAUUUAAAUCUCAGGGAAAAUGUUUGUUAAUUUUUGACGGGGCCUCUUCCCAUUUGGAUGCUCGAAUCGUAGAUGCUGCUGAUGCUCAUGACAUUGUGCUUUAUUGUUUACCAUCCAAUACUACACAUGAACUACAACCCCUUGAUAAAUCAGUUAAUAAAUCUUACGAACAUUUCUGGGACGAAGAAGUUUUACUGUAUGCAUAUCAGCAUCCAGGUAGAAAACUUACGAAAACGCGUUUUAGCAAAAUUUUUACGAAGGUUUGGUCCAAGUGUACAACCAAAGAAAAUAUAAUUAAUGGGUUCCGUGCGACCGGGCUUUUUCCGUAUGAUCCAAAUGCAAUUCCUGAGGAAGCGUAUGCGCCUUCAGCGCUAACGCAAUUGCCCAAUCCACGUGAUAUAGAACAAAAUGUUUCAAGUAUAAAUGAUUCCACAUCUGAUAUUAUGUCAGCAUCACGGACUUCUAUUAUUCGAAGUUCUCUUUUAUCCCCAAGACGUGAUAAUAUGUCUGAUACAGAUGUCACUGAUUGUGAAGAAAAUCUUAAAAAUUUAUCACCAUCGAUUCUAACUGAAAAUGCUGCUAAUGAAUGGACAGGCGUCAUAGAACAAAGAAAUGUACAAAAUCCGCAAUCUUCAAAUCAUAUUACAAAGCUAGUUGAUUACAGUUCUUCUUUAGAAUCCAAUAUGGACUUGCAAGAACAACUUCAAAUGCAACCUUUUCUAAACAUAAAUUUUAGAUAUUCUUCACCAGUUCCAACUACUUCCGGAACUAGUAAUAUACAGCCUCGUCCGAGGUUGAAUUCUAUUACAUCUGAUAGUUCUGAAGAAGAAGGCAUUACUACUUUUUUAAAGAAUUUUCAAUAUCCCUCAAAACUCAUUGAUAUUUACACUUCAUCUUCCGAUUCAAACGAAGAAAAUUUAAACCCAAACUUCACAGAACUUUUACCAAUCUCUGAGCAAAUGCAGAUUCAAUCUGAGGAUUCGGAAGAUAAUUUACCGCUAUUAAAAUUAAAGAACUCCCCUCAUCACGUUCCAUAA